GUUCGCUUAUGGAAGAAGAAUUCGAUGUCUCAGAUCUCUCUGAUAAUAAUUGUUCAAAUGAGAUUAAACAGACAACUCGACUAACGAUCAUAGUAACGAUGGUUGCCCAUUUCGUUUGCAUUCUCUUUACUGGCUUUAUUAUUUAUAAAGCCGAUAUAGGUUCAAGUUUGUUUUCUUGGCACCCUUCCCUAAUGGCUCUAGCAUGUUCACUAUUUAUUGUCCAGGCAAUUAUGGUAUUUAACAGCCAAAGCUCUUUGCUGAUGAAAUUGUCCCGAAAAACGAGGGUAUUGGCUCAUAGAGUGCUAUCGUUUUUGGGUGUAACCUGUGCAUGGCUGGCGUUUCUAGCGAUUUACACAAACAAGAACAAUAAUAACAAGGCUCAUUUUACAACGUGGCAUGGCCUGAUUGGAUUUAUCGCUUUGCUCUAUAUGACGGCACAAAGCUGCGGAGGCAACCUACUUAUUUACACUUCUCUAUUGAGCAAAACAGGAAUUAAAUGGAAAGACAUGAAAAUGUAUCACGCUACUUCAGGAUUUGUUCUAUAUGUACUAAUUUGCGGAACAAUGGUUCUUGGAAUGUUCUCUAAUUGGUUUGUUAAAACUGUUACUGGAACGUCUUGGUAUGCUUGCCUAGCUUGCCCUGCAAUAUUAUCACUGGUCGUUAUGCAGCAAGUAACGCAAAAUAAUCUACCAAAGCCGGGUAAUAGAAAGGUAGAAGAGAAGAAAUAG